UGCAUCUACCUACAAACCACAGACCACAUGUAUCUGAUAAUAUAGACUUCAGGCAUCGCCCACAAUAUGUCGGCCGAAUAACAAUUAGAAUCAUUUUUACCUUAUGGUGAUUCUAACUAGAUCUACAAUGUCAUUAAGGGUGGUUUUGUGUUUAACGGUACUGUGUACUGUUGCCCAGGUAACGGACGCCACAAGAACGAAGACAAAGUUUGAUGAACAUUUUGAAACGAAUACGAGAAAUGCGGCAAAAGAGUAUGUAUUUUCUAUGGCCGGUCAUCAUGCGCUGGGGCAACUUGGAACGAACAUCGGUGAAAGUGACCGGUGUUUCGCGUGUAAGCUGCUUGUGAACACUAUACGGAGUAUGGUGGUGGACAAACGACCAGAAGCAGAUAUUGCGAGAGCGGUGAUCCACAUAUGUAAACAUUUCCACUUUGAAACUGAUAGAGUGUGUACCUACAUCGUACCUGAAUAUAAGGACAUGGUGAUGGCGGUGGUUCAGCAGACUGCCCUCAGCCCCAACGACAUCUGCGGCAUACUGGUGGGACCGGACUGCGCCACACCCUAUUUCCCCACGGACAUGUGGAACAUCACCCUCCCCGACACACCCAAACCACCGGUCAAACCUCCCCGACCCCCGGCGCCCGGGUCCCCCAAGGUCAGGUUCCUCCAGCUGACAGACAUUCACAUUGACCUGAUGUACCAAGAGGGGGCUAACGCCAUCUGCCACGAGCCUCUGUGUUGCCGUAGCAACGACGGUAAACCAGAUGCAGGUGUCCCAGGUGCAGGCAAAUGGGGGGACUAUCGCACGUGUGACUCCCCUCUCAUCAUCGUGGACAACCUGUUUCAGCACCUUGCCACCAAGACAGACGAGUUUGACUUCAUUAUAUUCACGGGAGACAUCGCCGCGCAUGACGUGUGGAAUCAAACCCGGACCGAACAGCUUGCAGCCCUGGACCGUCUGGUGUCCUACUUCGACAAGUACCUGCCGGGAAAACAGGUGUACUUCUGUGCCGGUAACCAUGACACAGCCCCGUGUAACAGUUUUCCUCCGGAUUACAUCAAGGGUAACCUGUCCCAGGAAUGGAUGUAUACUGCUAUGGCAACACAUUGGACUCGGUGGCUUCCUGAUGACACCAAGGAAACUAUCAUGAGAGGGGGCUUCUACACUUUCUCCCCAUUUCCCGGGUUCCGCAUCAUCUCCGUCAACAACAUCUUCUGCUACAUCAACAACUGGUGGCUCUUCAUCAACACUACCGAUCCGAACGGCGAGUUGCAGUGGCUGGCGGAGACGUUACAGAAGGCGGAGGACGUUGGGGAGAAGGUGUUCAUCCUCGGCCAUAUGCCCACCAACUGCUUGAAGGCCUGGAGCUGGAACUACUACAACAUCGUCAGCAGGUACGAAAGCACCAUCGUAGGCCAGUUUAACGGCCACACCCACAGCGACGAAUUCCGCGUGUACUACGACGUCGCCAACCUCACCCGUCCUGUCAACGUGGCCUACGUGGGUGGGUCUGUCACGACCAUGUCGAACAACAACCCCAACUAUAGGAUCUACACCAUGGACGGCUUCUACACCAACUCCUCCUUCGCCGUGCUGGAUUACGAAGAUUAUAACUUCGAUAUCGUUGCUAAUAACGCCAGCACAGAUCCUUCUUGGAAGUUUGAAUACAGCCCAUUGACUGCCUACGGCAUGAACGGCAGCACCCCCGCCGACUGGAGCGACCUCGUUUACAGGAUGAGAGACGACGACGGACUCUUCAACAAAUUUCUUCGUCACAGAUCCAAGGGGGCUGACCUCACUCCUUGCACCCACGACUGUAAGUUCGAAGUGCUCUGUCUGCUGAAGUCUGGAAGAUCGGAGGACCCACGGCUGUGUGAAGAUCUGUGAGGGGAACACCCUUGUAGCCAGAUUCAACUUUGCGUGCAAAACUUCUACAAUCAAAUAAUGUAAACUGUCAGAGAAGCGUCCUGUCAUCAGAAAUUUAGCAGCGUAAAUAACAGAUUUAGAUCACAUGUACAAAUACCUGUUCAACGGGAUCCUGCACACUAUGAGAGAAGCAUCUUAUCGUUAUAACCUCAUCAACAGUAAUGGCGCCUGAUUUCAAUCAUGUGUGCAAAUACCUGUUCAACAGGAUCGUGUAAACUAUGAGAGCAGCAUCUUAUCGUAAGAACCUCAUCAGCCGUAAUGAUGACAUAUUUUGAAUCAUGUAUGCAAAUACCACUUGAAUCUAAUCGUGUACACUACGAGAGCAGCAUCUUAUCGUAAGAACCUCAUCGGUAGUAAUGAUGACAUAUGAUGAAUCAUGUGUGCAAAUACCACUUGAAUCUAAUCGUGUAUACUAUGAGAGCAGCAUCUUAUCAUUCGAACCUCACCAACAGUAAUGAUUUACUGUAUUCUCCAUAAACCACACAAUUUGAUGUUGCUUCCGCUACAUUUAAAAAUCUUUUGCAUGCUAAAGGUGACAUUGUUGACGUUGAAAUCCCCAAAUUUCAGACCCAUAAAGCAUAAUCGGUUGGAUUUGUGAAUCAAACAAUUUGAAAUAUAUUUUCGGGGUUAAAAUUCCAAAUUUCUGUGAAACUGACAUAACAUGAAUAAGAGCCUUCUUAGCACGUGAUUUCAGAUCUAUAACACUCUUUUUAAAGUUCAUAGUAUGGGAAAACACUAGUCCGAGCUAGGUGUAGUGACUAACAACAGAUAAUUGUUUGUCAUUCAAAAAUAUUUUUCUUUAGAGGCGACAGAUCCACCUCUUCCAAAGAUUACUGUUUUUUUUUCUGAAAUUAACAGAUAUUGGCAAUAUCAGUCUCGACCCAUCACCACAGGUUGAUACUAGUAUAGACAUAUUUUGUUUUUAGUAAUUGUUAAGUAACAAUAAAGGCAAACUAUGUUUUCGAUGACAAGUAAUUUAUUUUUAUGUAACCACGUUUUGGUUUCGAUCACUUUACCCUUAGAGUCAAGCAAGAAUUGUGUAGGGCAGCAUAGUACAGUUCAGUUCGGUUUAUGUCUCCCAAAACCACCAAUUGUGAUAAAAGAAUGUGUGUACAUAUAUUCACUUCCCACUUUGUCACUGGAUGUCCAGCUUUUGCACAAACAAAGUAUCUUAAGGAACAAGAUGACAUGACUUGAUCUUGGUACUACCGUCAUCGCCUUGCUUGUGGUUUUGACACUAGAGGUCCAUCUAUGUACGACCCAGAAUAUAUAACGUACCCUACAACAGCCCUUUGAGAAUAGGCCCGUUAGCAGCUUCAGACACAUUCAAACUAACCAAACCUACCCUGUCCUUUUUGGUUUAAAGUAAUGAUAUUUUUGGUAUCAUUUAAUUCUCUGUCACUUUUGAUACAAAUGUGAUUGACCCGUUACAGAAAAUUAAAUAUGUUGACUUCGCUUACGAAAUGUCACACUUACAUCCCAAGUACCACGUUGUCCGACACACCGAUAUUCUUGUUGCCUUAAUUUUGGUGCCUCCCAAUCUCUUGACUUCCACUGGGAGAGGACCCGGGUUUGCUGCCAGGAACUCUGACACACUGAGUAAUGCCGAAAGCUGCAAGUGUUGGGGAGUCAUCACAUCCUCCGAAUAGUUCUUGGUGAGUUGGACUAGGCGGUACUUUCAGGGACAAGUCCCAUUCGCUGUCAGGGGUGGGUGUAGAGGAGACACUGGAGGAAAUUCACAGAGGAAUUAUUUGGUCACAACAAGCAAACGUUAUUUUUAAACACGCCAACGUCCGACCGCACUAGUCUGACAGCGGCCUUUUACAGGAACCACAACAUCCAACUACUGCCAUAGCCCUCAACGUCUUCAGGUCUAAACUCUGUCGAUCCUAUACGGGAUGCUCGUGAUCAAAGUCUGCAAUCGCUCCAUCAACAGUAUCACCAGUCACAGAAACACCAACAGUUGGCACAAGAACUACAGGAAGAGUGGGGUAUUAUUCCCUUGGCAACAAUUCGUAAUCUGGUUGAUUCCAUGGUGCCACGAUGCCAAGCAGUUCUGGACUCUCAUAUGUGAUAUUGAGAACAGAUGACCUCCACCUUGACUUUCGGAUGUUUCAUGUGUGUAGUGAUGAACCGCUGUCAGUGGCAAUCACCUUUGCCAAAUUUUAACACUUUAUUAUGUAUUAUGACAAUCGAUUGCUUCAUGCGUGAAAUUAAAAUAUCGGUCAUUGACAAUCACUUGUGCCAAAUGUGAGCGUUUUAAAUAUUCUGUUGAUCAUUAAUAAAAUGCAUAAAGUAUACGUCUGAAAACAA